GCUGUAGACUCUUAUCGCGUCAUGGUGCGACCGCAAAAUUUUCCGCGUCAGAAGCCAAGCGGCCCGUCCCAUCACAUCCAAGCCCAAUCUCACCGCCAUCGAUUAUCUUUACUCAGAUCUCAAACACAGCCCAACGUUCGUCGCAUACAGGGUAAAUGCCUGCCAAUGCUCAGCCUAAUUGACAGCGACACCUCACGUCAUUCAAGCGCAGCGAAAUGACCCAAGAUACGACCGUGCCAAAAUUGGUCACCGUCAUAAUAACAACUUCGCCAACUCCAUCCGCGCCAUCGACGGAGCUUGUCUCGGCGGUUAUCAAGUCAUUUGAAGAGCAUUGUCAUGCUUUAACAUUAUGUAAUGUUAUUGUUGUUUUCGACACUUUUGAUCAGAUAGUUCCGACAGCGCGAUUGAAGAAAGGACAAGUCACGCCUCAGCAAGCAGCAUAUUUUGACGAAUACAAGAAGAAUGUCAAGGAACUGAUACUCACAAAAUAUCGCCAUUUCGGUGCUAAGUUCACCCAACGGCGUGUUACGGCGGAGUACGGUAGUCCCAACCCCCAGAACACCGUUGAGUACACGAUAUCGCAAACCAGCGACAAGAAAGUCACCUUUAUAGAGCCGUCGAGACGACUAGGAUUCGGUCUUGCAGUCAGAUCAGCCUUGAGGGUAACUCAAACUCCUUUCGUCUGGGUGCAGCAGCAUGACUGGGCUUUGGUUGCAGACUUACCCAUGGAACCUCUUGUACAAAUCAUGAAAGCAUACGAUUCGCACCUAGAAACUCCCAUCAAGUAUAUCUGCUUAGCUGCUAUUCGUAUGCUCUCACAUGCCAUAUCCGAACAGCAUCCGGUCCUGCGAGAGCUAUCAUCAUCUCUUACACAAAGAUACGAAGAUCCGACACAUCCUGGUGUCAAGAUACCCUUGACACCGAUUUACUUCUGGCAUGAUAAACCCCAUCUUGCAUCAACAGCACAUUACCUCGAAAGGGUGUUUCCCUCACGGUUGGCUAUGCUGCGAGGAGACUUUAUUGAGGACAAGAUCGGACAAAGAGCUCGCGCUCAGAUGAAGGAAGGCCUCUUCACGAAAUGGGCUACUUGGCUUUACUACCCUGAUGACGGGAAACAGCUAUGUCUGAAACACCUUCAAGGGAGGACUUGGGCGGGUGCUGAACGACAAGCUGAUAGGGCUGCUAUGUGGAGAGAAAGGAAUGAGGCUGAACGGGCAGCUCAAGACGACGGCUGAUCUGGGAGAGAUCAACAAGAUACCCUGAUUGAUAGACAAAGCCCGUGAUUUAUGAUGUCACAGCAACUGAGUUACGAUAGGAAGCAUAAACUGCCGAGCGAGUUUAUGCAAGGUAUCCCAGCCCUGGACCAUGACGGUGAUGUCGGAUGGCUUGUCCGAUCUAGCAUUCGGAUGCCCUGACCCUAAUCGGCUUUCCCCGCAUGACGCUUGACUCGCGCAGCGGUUAAAGAAACUUCCAAACAUGAACCUCUUUUAUAACAGGAUCAGGAC